AUGAUGAAAGUGUCCCAGCCUAGAUUGUUACAAGGAACCGACAAUGGUGAAGUCCUGCCUGAAUCCAUUCCAUCAGCUCCUGGGACACUGCCUCAUUUUGUAGAAGAGCCAGAUGAUGCUUAUAUCAUCAAGAGCAACCCCAUUGCUUUGAGAUGCAAAGCAAGGCCAGCCAUGCAGAUAUUCUUUAAAUGUAAUGGGGAGUGGGUUCAUCAAAAUGAGCAUGUCUCUGAGGAAAGUCUGGAUGAGAGUUCAGGCUUGAAAGUCCGGGAGGUGUUCAUCAAUGUCACCAGGCAGCAGGUGGAGGACUUCCAUGGGCCAGAGGACUACUGGUGCCAGUGUGUGGCAUGGAGCCACCUGGGCACCUCCAAGAGCAGGAAGGCCUCUGUGCGCAUAGCCUAUUUACGGAAAAAUUUUGAGCAAGAUCCACAAGGAAGAGAGGUUCCUAUUGAAGGCAUGAUUGUCCUGCACUGCCGACCCCCAGAGGGAGUCCCUGCUGCCGAGGUGGAAUGGCUGAAAAAUGAAGAGCCCAUUGAUGCUGACCAAGAUGAGAACAUUGACACCAGGGCUGACCACAACCUGAUCAUCAGACAGGCUCGGCUCUCCGACUCGGGGAAUUACACUUGCGUGGCAGCCAACAUUGUGGCCAAGAGGAGGAGCCUGUCAGCCACUGUGGUGGUCUAUGUGAAUGGAGGCUGGUCUUCCUGGACGGAGUGGUCAGCCUGCAAUGUCCCCUGUGGUAGAGGAUGGCAGAAACGUUCCCGGACCUGCACCAACCCAGCGCCUCUCAAUGGCGGGGCCUUUUGUGAGGGAAUGUCAGUGCAGAAAGUAACCUGCACUUCUCUUUGUCCUGUGGAUGGGAGCUGGGACGUGUGGAGUGAAUGGUCAGUCUGCAGCCCAGAGUGUGAGCAUUUGCGGAUCCGGGAGUGCACAGCACCAUCACCUCGAAAUGGGGGCAAAUUCUGUGAAGGUCUAAGCCAGGAAUCCGAAAACUGCACAGACGGGCUCUGCAUUCUAGAUAAAAAACCUCUUCAUGAAAUAAAACCCCAAAGCAUCGAGAAUGCCAGUGACAUUGCUCUGUACUCGGGCUUGGGUGCUGCCGUCGUGGCUGUUGCAGUCCUGGUCAUUGGUGUCACCCUUUAUAGACGGAGCCAGAGCGACUAUGGCGUGGACGUCAUUGACUCUUCUGCAUUGACAGGUGGCUUCCAGACCUUCAACUUCAAAACAGUCCGUCAAGGUAACUCUCUGCUCCUGAAUUCUUCCCUGCAACCAGACCUGACAGUGAGCCGGACAUACAGUGGACCCAUCUGCCUACAGGACCCCCUGGACAAGGAACUCAUGACAGAGUCUUCGCUCUUUAAUCCUUUGACAGACAUCAAAGUCAAAGUCCAGAGCUCAUUCAUGGUUUCUCUGGGAGUGUCUGACAGAGCUGAAUACCAUGGCAAGAAUCAUCCUGGGACUUUUCCCCACGGAAACAGCCGCGGCUUUAGUACCAUACAUCCCAGAAGCAAAACGCCAUAUAUCCAAAAUCUAUCAUCACUCCCCACAAGGACAGAACUAAGGACUACUGGUGUCUUUGGCCAUUUAGGGGGUCGCUUAGUAAUGCCAAAUACAGGAGUGAGUUUACUCAUACCACAUGGCGCCAUUCCAGAGGAGAACUCUUGGGAGAUAUAUAUGUCCAUCAACCAAGGAGAACCGAGCCUCCAGUCUGAUGGAGUUGAGGUGCUCCUGAGUCCUGAAGUCACCUGUGGUCCCCCAGACAUGAUUGUCACCACUCCUUUUGCAUUGACCAUACCACACUGUGCGGAUGUCAGCUCUGAGCACUGGAAUAUCCAUUUAAAGAAGAGGACCCAGCAGGGCAAGUGGGAGGAAGUAAUGUCAGUAGAGGAUGAAUCUACAUCUUGUUACUGCCUUUUGGACCCCUUCGCGUGUCAUGUGCUCUUAGACAGCUUUGGGACAUAUGCCCUCACUGGAGAACCCAUCACAGACUGUGCCGUAAAACAGCUCAAGGUGGCAGUUUUUGGCUGCAUGUCCUGUAACUCCCUGGAUUACAAUUUGAGAGUUUACUGCGUGGACAAUACACCUUGUGCAUUUCAGGAGGUGGUUUCCGAUGAAAGGCAUCAAGGUGGACAGCUACUGGAAGAACCAAAGUUGCUGCAUUUCAAAGGGAAUACUUUCAGUCUGCAGAUCUCCGUCCUCGAUAUCCCCCCCUUUCUCUGGAGAAUCAAACCAUUCACUGCAUGCCAGGAAGUCCCAUUCUCCCGCGUGUGGUGCAGUAACCGGCAGCCCCUACACUGUGCCUUCUCCCUCGAGCGCUACACGCCCACCACUACCCAGCUGUCCUGCAAAAUUUGCAUCCGGCAGCUCAAAGGCCAUGAACAGAUCCUCCAAGUGCAGACAUCAAUCCUAGAGAGUGAAAGGGAAACCAUCACUUUCUUUGCACAGGAGGACAGCACUUUUCCUGCACAGACUGGCCCCAAAGCCUUCAAAAUUCCCUACUCCAUCAGACAGCGAAUUUGUGCUACAUUUGAUACCCCCAAUGCCAAAGGCAAAGACUGGCAGAUGUUAGCACAGAAAAACAGCAUCAACAGGAAUUUAUCUUAUUUUGCUACACAAAGUAGCCCAUCUGCUGUCAUUUUGAACCUGUGGGAAGCUCGUCAUCAGCACGAUGGUGAUCUUGACUCCCUGGCCUGUGCCCUUGAAGAGAUUGGGAGGACACACACGAAACUCUCAAACCUUACGGAAGCCCAGCUUGAUGCAGCCGACUUCAACUACAGCCGGCAGAAUGGACUCUAGUCCACGUUCUCUCCUGAGACAAAAUGAAGACCAGCUUGUGGACAUUGCUUGGAUAGAGAAAGAGAAAGGCAGCUUUCUGUCCGGGGGCUCUGGGGAAAUCAGCCUUCCUUUCCAAUCAGGGAGAAUUCCUGAUUGUAGACAUUGAAUUUUAAUAGGUAUGAUAGGGAAAAUUACAAGCUCCUUUAGAUAACUGGUUUCCCUGUCCCCUCUGAGUCCACACUUGGGUUAACACUUAAACUCCUCAGAUUGGAGUUGCAAGAAAAAAAGUGAGGGACGCAGCUUGAUAAAAGUAGCUAUGGGAAAAGAUUGGCUGUAACGAGGCUGGGGAGGCACACCUUGAAUAGUGCAUGUUUUGAAAACAGGUUUUUAAGGAUGUGCCCCAAAGAACUAGCUGAUUCUGAUACCAGAUUAGAAUGUCAGAGUUUUCUCCUGGCAUCUGUGGCGCUGGGGAUCAUUGUACAGCACUUUCAGAAAUGGAGUUGGGUGGCCAACCCAUUUGUAUGAACUUAACAGCAUCAAGGUUCAAACGAGGGCAUUUUGAACUUAGAAUCAGAGUACUUUACACCAGCACCAGUGCCGUGUCUAUCCUAGCCACUUAAUGAAGAUGCGAUUGAGAGGUAAAAAUAGACCAAUAACAAGGUCUUGAAGCAUACCCCACCUUCAUUUUCUCCAAGACAAAUCCAUCCAUGUUGUUUGUUUCCCUCCCCUUUCUUACCUAGGACAGCAGAAAGAAAGGGUUUCCAGGAGUAUAUUGAGACCUUUAACUAUGGGAAUAGCCUUCUCCUGACUCAACAACGCAGUCCCAUCUCUACUCCCAGCUAACUUGCUCAGACAGCAGGGAGUGUGAUUAGAGCACAGUUUAUUACACACACUUGAGAGACAAGAGAUGUCGUAUAACGUCUAAGGAUACAUAAACUGUAGAUGUCACAGGCCUCAAAUUUGAAGUCACCUAUUGAUUCUGUUUUCAUGUUAUAAUGGCAUGAGAGAUUUUGCUGUACCUUUAAAUCCAGGUUCCUGAACUUUUCUAGCUUUUUGGUACUAGGUCAUCACAGAAUCUCUCAGUAGGGCUCUAUAUCAUUUGUUUGCCUCUUGAGAAGCAAGUCUUUGCUCUCAAUUGUAUCCACUUACCUACGAAUACUGAGGAACACCUCUACCACACUGCUCCAGAACGAGAGGGAGUUUCCCAUCACCAAGUGUGUUCUCUGUACAGAAUCGCUGACGUAUGGCUCUUACAUUAUGAUUUUUUUCCCAUUUUAAUAUGUGGCAGGGGUAUUAGGGAAAGUUGUAAUCCACAGAUAAUUCAUGACUUUUAUCUUAACCCUUUAAUCCAUGUUUAAUCCUGUUAAAUCAUUUUGACAAGCUGUUUUGGUAGCCUGAACAUAAACACAUCUGCUCCUGCUCAUCUUCUGAUGGACAUUUUAAUUAAUUGUCCACACUCAGGACAAUCAAUGUCAAGGACCUAGGUUAAUCAAAGGCAGCUAAUUAGCUACUUAGAGGUUGACUAUAUUAGAACAAAGUAAAAAUGGGCAGGGAGCUGAUGAAGCAGAGAGUAUUAAGCUAUGGAGACAUGAUCAAUGCUUUGAAAUAAUGCUUUUAUCCAUCUUGUGUGAAACGAAUGCUGUAAGCAUUCACAUGAAGAAGACAUAAAGAAAGGUUGAUUCUAUGAUGCCAGCCAUAAGGUGUUGAAGAACUCUUGAAUGUGUUGGCCAUUAUUUCUACUAAUGAGUGGUAUGUAUCAUCCCUUGUAUUAGAUAGAUGGCUUUACCACAUGAAAUUCAAAAGCAUCUUGCUUUUCUCAGGAACCAAAGGCUUAAUGCAUACAACAAAGAAAUCCUCUUAUAACUUUCAAGCAUAUUUUCAAAAUACCAUUUCUAGGUCAGGAGAACACCCUUUGGCUAAUGUACUGAACUUGUUAACAUUUUUAUUCUUUCUUGGAGACAGUAGAGAGAAAAUAUCAGAGUGUAUAUUGCAUAACAUUCCUGAUACAAAUUCUGAUAUAUACACACACAUAUAUUUCUGAACCCUAAAAAUGCACCUCAGUGAAAAAGGAAAUAAUAUAUUUCACCCCUAGUUUCAGCCCAAGAUGGAACUACAUCUCUUUGGAUCCUGCUUUAUAGUUCACUCUUGUUUCGGUUAGGAUUAUACAAAGGAUUUAUGAAUAUCACAAAAAAAUUAUAUGAUCAUUGUAUGUCAAGAUUGUGAAGUAUUUUCCCAAAGAUAACCCAUGUUUUUGAGACUGAAGACCAAGAUGGGAAGAGUGGAGGGGUACAGGUCAGUCAAACAGAGCUCAGAAUUGAGUUGCUGGUCCAUAACCAUGACCUACGCUUUUGUUCUACUGUGAUAUUUACUUCUUACAAACACUGCCAUCCUAAAACAGAUUUAAUCGUUUGAAUGCAUACUUUGAAUACUUUAUUAUCCUAGUGGAAAGGGAAGCAAAAUAUUAAAAAUGGCCUUUUUGAACUGGGUGGGUCACUUAGUUUUGUUUUAUUUCAAAAUAACAUAGCUCACCUACAUGUCAAAUCUUUCAAAUCUCAAAGGCACUUAAGUCUAAUAGUCAUGCUUUAAAUAUGACAAAAAUUAUGCCAUCCAAAUGAUGAACUUCAAAGCUUCACCAGUCUGCAGCAUCGUAAAGUUAAUGUACAGGUUUUACAACUUAGCGUGUGCAGUCUUAACUAGUUUACAUUAAAAUUCUUUAAGUCAAAAGGAAAUUCACUGUACAGAUUUAAAUACAAACUUCAUUUAUUGGUACAGGAAGUCUCAUAAAACUCAGAUGUGCUCUCACAAAAAUUUCAUUAUCCUUUUUGUAAGAGACGAAAAGGGAUCGACAUAAUUCUCUUUAAACCAGGAAGGGGGGCGUCUCUCAUUUUUUAUUUUCUAUCUCCAACUGCAGCUGUUAUCUUUUUGCUCUAGCCCCUGUAGAGGGUUUUCUUUCCACCAGCUUUGAGAGGAAAUGUUAUGUCAGAUGACUAAAACAGGGUUCUCUUUGGAUGAAAGGUUCUGGAUUUAUUGAGACAAUUUCCCCUGAUAAGAAUUCUCAACAUCGGGAUUUAUAAGCAAAGGUAGACUACUAAAAUGGUAUAAUUGGUUUUAGAUAGCAUCCUGCCCUUUCUAACCUCCAGGCAAAUUUAACUGUGAAUUUCAAAAUGUUAUAAAACCUUUCUGUGUGCUUUUGCUUUCCCUGCUAGCCACUUCUCUUCAAUCUCUCGGUCACUCUUCCCUGUAAAUGUGUUGACUACCGUAGCUUUCCGAUGUGUUGACAGGUAAAGCUGUCUCCGAGGCCUUUAUUCCAGCUCAUUGAAGGUCAGAGGAACGGGCAAGGAGCUGAAAAUGUGCCUCUGGCCCAUUGUGUGGCCAUUUUAAUUAUUUUUCCUCAUAAAGCAUUGCCAAGUUCUGACUCCUUAGCAAUUCCCAUGUACUGGACUAGAGGUGACAUCCACAGCAAAUGGGAGAACCGAUUGUCGUCCUAAAGAUAGUGACGCAAUUUUAUUAGCCUUUUGGUGUUUGUUCCACAGCACUGUAUUUGAACACUGAUGCUUUAGCCAAAAGCUGAAUGGCCACUGUUUCCGCAGUUUCCACUGUUUUGUCUGCAUAGAAUUUUCCUGAACUACAAGCAGAAAUGUAUUUUGUCCAAUGUCACAAAAGUGAAAAUGUUACUAAUCUUAGACGUGUUGCAUAUUUUGUGUUUUCACUUCUCAAACUCUUUCAGAAGCUGCAGUUACCAAGCUGUUUGGCUGCAUUGACAGCAUGUGGUGUUUUUACAAACGCAAUUCUAGGAGGGCCAGCGUCUGCCAUGGACUUCCCUUCCCCGCUCCAGGGGCGUCAAGACAUCGGAAAUGGCAAUCUGUAUGCUGUGCUUUCCAGGAAGGCCAGUGGGAUGGACGUCAGACCUGGCUCGUUAGUCACUAGUGUGUAGUACUGUGAUCUGAAGUAGGAACCCUCACUCACGUAGAAUAAUCGUGGUUUUUGAAGCAGCUACUCAUUGCUUUUUCCUUUUGCUCUGAAGAUCAUGGAAUUGGAAUGUCCUCAUGAGGUGGGCCCAAGAGAGUAACAUUAAACUUCAUGUCUUAAAACUCACCCUCCACCGGAACCCAAAGAUAUAAAAGGCAGUGCUUCAACAGAGAUUCAUGUUGAAACCUGAGUUUAACAUGGCCUCCCCCUUGCCCCCAUCCUUAAUAUUGAAUGCUACCAUAGGGAAACCAUUUUUUCCCCCCCAAAGAGUCACAGCUUUGGAUUAUUAAAAAAUUUCGCUAAAUGUGGGUAUCUAAUUCAUUGCAUGAAUGAUAAUUGUAUCAAUACUCUUCAAGAGACACGAUCCAAGUGAAAUGGCCCCAUGUUUCAAUUUUUGCUAAGCCCCCAAACAUUUCACUUAGUUCAAGCAUUAUUUAUAUAUAAAUUUCCAAAUUUGACAAAUUACAAAAUUCCUUUAAAAUGCUAUCUAUAUGGUGGGUAAACAUUUAUUUCUGUUAAAAUCGUGAUGAAAAGGAGUAAUGCUAUUUCAGGGGAGUUUAUAAAUUGAACAUCAAUCAUGCCUUAUGACCUCAGUACUGAAGCAUAGAUAUUACAAUCAGAAGCAGAUCUAAUCAUUUGAAUACCCAUCCAUUCAUAAGUUCAGGUGCUGCUGAAGGGGGUUGCCCUUAAUCAGAAGGGCAGCUGUGCUUCUUCCGAGGGGAGCUACACAUUUCCCAUCAGAAGUGCUCCCCUCUGCUCGUCCGAGGUUAUGUAAGCCACUCCCAUUCCAAACUUCUUGGUAAGAAGGUGGGAAAACGUUCCGUCUGUGGACAUUUUCUAUUCAGGAAAACACUUUUCUUCUUCUUAAAAUUGGAAUAAAGUCUCCUACUUAAAAUUUCCUGUUCUCCAUAAUUCUAUCUGAUUGGUACAUGCAAUUCAGGAAAAGCUCAACCUCACACGAUUGCAAGCAUAAGCAUUUAGAGACAACUGGCGGGUUUUCCUGACCUAUACACAAACAAUAUGAGUAAUCGUUUACCUCCAUGUCUGCAUGAAAGAAUUUAAAACAGAUUUCAUUUUGUUCUUUUUAAUUUUCGAAGGUGGGUGGUGGGGGGGGGCGGUUCUUUCACGUGAUUCAUGUCUCAAACCCAUCCCACCCUCAACUCUCAUUGGAGGUGUUCAGCGCCGAACAGGAGCAGAGCUGGACACCUAAUUUGACAUGAAGCUGCAGGAGCAAGCCAGCCAGAGGGGGGCGUUGGAAGAAAGCAUGGCCUUGGCUUCAUACCACCCUUUUUGUGCCUUGUAUUAUCAAUGUAAAUUUUGAAUGUUGUACAGUAAAUACUUGGAUGGACUUCUGAGAAAAGGCUGCACUGGCUUCUUUUUCAACAUCUGUACAUAUCUAUAAAUUGCUAUACAUAUAUAUUUGGUAAUGCCAAACAGCUGUGUUAUAUUGUAUUGAACAAAAUGGACAGUUUGGAUGUUUUAUGUAGAGUUUGCCAAAAAAAAAAAAAUGGAUGGUUACAGACUUUUCAAGAUAAAUGUACAGACGUAAAUUACUGCAUAUCACUUAUUUAUGAAUAAAGAGUCUUUUAUUGACA